AAACAUCGCGAGAGUUGGUUUCAUUGGCUGCAGCACACAGUGACGCUGAUGGAUAUUUAAGGUUUAGCGGCAGAAAAUAACAGAUCUUGUCCUGAAGACCAGCCAGGGGGAGGAUGCACACGACAAGCCCCUUUCUAGGCUGUGGAGAGAGAGUAAGCAUCAUACUGGCCCAGAUUCAGGUGGCCUCACAGCUUCACAGAUGGUGCGAGGGAAAUGCAGUUGCUUGUGCCAGCCCAAAGUGAUGCUCACUGGCUCAUGCUUACAGGAGAACGACUAAACUCUCCAACUGUGGGUCACAUCCUCUGAUCCCCUGAUUUACAGUGUUGUGAAGAUUCACCCCCUGCAGACUUGUUUACAAGCAACAAGAGGACAAGACACAUGCUGUCAGUCUGCACACUGUUGCUUCUGUUUAGAGGUGUAGCACAAAAAGCUGCAGUGAAGAUCACCACACCUCCCACAACCCAGAAGUCUCUGUGUGUAGAGCAAGUGUGAAAUUCCACAACGAAGUCCCAGAGAGAAGUAGCAGUUAACAAGUGCCAACACCCUUGGAUGUACACAGUUUCCACAGAAGGAACAAUUAGUAUAUUUUUUAAUUUCAAUAAGUUUUUAAUUUUAAGAAAAUCUCUUGGAUAUACCACUUUAAUGCAUUUUUUGGGAAGAUGAAUUUGAGGUCCUUGUUACAAGGAGGGACAAGUUAAAACUAUACAGAUUUCCUCCACCAUGUCAUGGAAGAGAAACUACUUUGCAUCUGGCAGCAGUGGGAUGCAGGGCAUAUUCACUCCACGGACCAUGACAUCAAUUGCCCCCAGCAAAGGACUCAUCAACGAGCCAGGACAGAACAGCUGUUUCCUGAACAGUGCUCUCCAGGUUCUCUGGCAUCUUGAUAUCUUCCGCCGAAGUUUCCGGCAGCUCACUACACACAAGUGCAUGGAGGACUCGUGCAUCUUUUGUGCUCUGAAGAGCAUCUUUGUGCAGUUCCAAUUCAGCAGUGAGAAGGUGCUGCCCUCUGACGCACUCCGUUGCGCUCUGGCCAAAACCUUCCAGAACGAGCAGCGAUUCCAGCUAGGCAUUAUGGAUGAUGCGGCCGAGUGCUUCGAGAAUAUCCUCAUGAGAAUCCACUUUCACAUCUCUGAUGAGAGCAAGGAGGACAUAUGCACAGCCAAACACUGUAUUCCUCACCAGAAGUUUGCCAUGACACUCUUUGAGCAGUGUGUGUGCAGCAACUGUGGAGCCUCUUCGGACCCCUUGCCCUUCAUUCAAAUGGUCCACUACAUCUCCACCACCUCCCUGUGUAACCAGGCAGUGCGCAUGUUGGAAUGCCGUGAGAAGCCCACUCCGGACAUGUUCGGAGAACUGCUGAGGAAUGCCAGCACCGUGGGAGACCUGCGCAACUGCCCGGGGAAUUGUGGAGAAAAGCUCCAUAUUCGACGUGUGCUGAUGAACUCCCCAGAGAUCAUUACCAUCGGCCUGGUGUGGGACUCGGACCACUCUGACCUGGCUGAAGACGUUAUCCACAGCCUGGGCACCGUCCUACGGCUUGGAGAUCUGUUCUACCGAGUGACAGAGGACAAAGCUAAACAGGCGGAGCUCUACCUUGUGGGUGUGGUCUGUUACUAUGGCAAACACUACUCCACUUUCUUCUUCCAAACCAAAAUCCGGAAGUGGAUUUACUUUGAUGAUGCUCAUGUGAAAGAGAUUGGGCCCAAAUGGAAGGAUGUGGUAUCCCAUUGUAUAAAGGGGCAUUACCAGCCUCUACUGUUGCUCUAUGCUGACCCUCGAGGGACGCCGGUGUCAGUUCAGGAUUUGGCUUCACGCCUAGACCUACACCACUACUCUAAAGCAUACUACGACAGCGAAGAUUCAGGCCGUGAGCCGUCUAUUUCCAGUGACACACGGACAGAUUCUUCCACAGACAGCUACAGCUAUAAACAUUCUCACUCUCACCAUGAGUCUAUGGCUUCCCACUUCUCCUCUGACUCUCAGGGAACCGUAAUUUGUAACCCUGACAACGACUCUGCCUCGCACAGCAGUCUGGAAACCACAGGUUCCUUGACUGGCACUGAUCCAGUGCAGUGCCAUACUCUCAGAAAAGUGGGGGUCUUAGACAAGAAGGGAGGGGUUUUGGAAAGGAAACGAAGUGCCAGCAGGCCACGAAAAUUUGAGACCCGUGGUGAUUCAAGGAGUCGAUGCUCAAAGACAGACGAGGUGUUGUCUGCUGGCUACCACAGCGAAGGUGAGACUUUAAAAGAGCAGCAGGUUCCUCGUUCUCUACCUAAACCCAGCUCCAGUCGACUUCGAGACUUCAAGGAGACUAUGAGCAACAUUAUCCAUAACCGGCCACUUUCUGCAUCAUCCUCGGGCUCCGUGUGUCCCCCUGACUCCAUCGUUAAGGUGCGAGACUGGGAGGCAGACAGCACCAGCAGUGAGUCCAAAUCUAGCUCCUCCGGAGGACGCUACCACCCGCCCUGGAAGCCUCGGCGCGAGGCUCUGAACAUCGACAGUAUCUUUAGCAGGGAACGCCAUAAGCAGGCAGGGUACAGUCCGUUAGGAGCUCUGCUGCCUGAAGACACUGGGCCUCAGGGGAAGUUGACGGGGCCCAUGAAGCAGACCACAUUUCGAGACCUGCCGGGACCCCUGGGAAGAGGGUCAGAGCACCCCCCACGUCUCAUCCAGAGGAUGGAGAGUGGCUAUGAGAGCAGUGAGAGGAACAGUAACAGCCCCGUCAGCCUGGACAUGCCUGUUAGCGAGCGGACCAGUAAUGGCACACACAGCUUACGAGAGGGAGGGUUGAAAAAGCCUUCACCUGAUGUCAGCCAGUCAUGGAAGUCUGUCACCAAAUCCAAGAGCAGCAGCGCCUUACUGCAAGAUGUCAAAGCGUCAGUCAAGGGCAAUAGUCACAUGAGUUCAGCGGGCGAGGGCCGCAGUGAACUAGAUGAGCUACAGGAGGAAGUAGCUCGCCGGGCCAAGGAGCAAGAGCUACAAAGACGAAAGGAAAAGGAGAUAGAGGCAGCAAUGGGAUUCAAUCCCAGACCCAGCAAGUUCAUGGAUCUAGACGAGCUCCAGAACCAAGGGAAAGGGGAAGGCUUUGAGCAAUGUGUGUUGGAGGCAGAGUCUAUGUUAGACCAGUCACUGAGACUGGAACAGGCAGGAGAGGUGGCCGCUGCUCUGUCUGUGGUUAACGAAGCAAUGUCUAAACUCAGGCAUACCUUGCAUGAGAGCAACACUAACUCUCAGGGCAAGAUGCAAAAGUGCAUGAGAAGAGCACGAGGUCUGCAGCAACGCAUGCAGCAGCAGCAGGAACUGCAGCAGAAGCAACAGGAGGAAGAGAAGGAACAGAAACAGCCUCUCAGGUCCUGCCAUGAACUGCCCAGUGAACAGCCUGUCCCGGUCGAAAUACUUCUGACAAAUGUUAAAGAAGAGGAUGAGAAGGCAGUUUCAGAAGAUGCCUUAAGACCACCUUCACCUCUCCUCAUGAAGCCUCAGUCUGUAAUUAAACCUGUUCUUGAUGACCCUGGCCAUCCUGUAUCCCUUCACCAUACAGACCCACACUUAAUGCAGCGGGGCAGUGCAGGGGACAACUCCAGUCCUGUGACAGAUAAUGGACCACACUCGCACACAUGGAGCACCAAAGACUCCAUUACAAUCACAAACUCUUUUGUACAGACUGCCAGUAAAAGCAGUUCUGCCACUGUGCCUGUGAUUGCAGUGAAUGGUUGUGAGGGUCCUCUACAGCCCUCUGCUCUGCCCAACAACACGCAGUCUAGUGUAUCUUAUUUCAACAGUCAAUGCCCACCUCUGUCACAAAGUGCGCAUCACACACCUUCCAUCUCUGAUUUUUCCAACUUUUUGGAUGGCCAGCAGAAGUCACCACAGCAGGCUCACCCUCAGUCUCUUCGUGGCCCAUCCAAUGCACCCAACAGCCAUGUUUCUGAUGCCUAUCAAAAAUCAAACACACUCCGGGCACCUCCACGGAGCUGGUCUUGCCGCAGUCUGGAACGACUUGAUCGCCGUCCAACUGUGAUGGAUUCCUCCCUUGGCUCUCCAGCAGACCCUCAGUGCCCCUUAUCCCCCUGUCCGCCAUCCCUGUCUUCCCCAGCACUGGAGCACUAUCCAGCCGGCCCCAUGCCUGUGGAGCGCUGGGCUGAGAAUGUCAAUCGAUACUACAAUUCCCAGAAUUCUGCGCUGUCAGGACGUGGCUCACCCUGUGCGGAGCUGUCUGAGCUGGAUUCGCUCUAUCAGGCCAGCUUGAAGGCUCCCAGCAUGCCCCGAGCCCCAGGAGGACCAAGUUCUCAGCAUGCCAACAGAUCAGGUCCUGUUGCUUCUCGAAAGCACAUUGCUGGACUUUCUGCCACUCUUGGUCGUUCCAAAACCCCCACAGCAGAGAUCGAGAGGUGUGCCUACAGAACGCCAGCAGACAGCAGUAAACUGGCUCAGAAGCCUGUUUCUGCUGCAGUCUGUGGUGCGCUGCGGGGUGAGGAUGAAUCAUACAGUGCAGAGAACCUGCGACGAAUUGCUCGUAGUCUCAGUGGCACUGUCAUUGGAGGACGAGCAGACAACGUACCCCCCUCUCGCAGCUUUGACCCCCCUGUCUCCAGGAUGCCAAAGCAUGUGAACAUGCAACUCCCCACACAUCGCUCCAGCACCUCACUGCAUGUUUUACCCCCUUCUCCACACAAUCCUUCUACAUUCUCUCACGAGCUGCAGCCCCAGUACCUUCACCCAAGUCACCACCACCACCCCACCCCUCCAUCUCACCUGCACCAGCAGACACUAAGGCCCAGUGCACUGGGGCCCUCUCAUGGACUAACAGGAGAUUGCCAAAAGGCCAAAAAGUUUCUGGCUGUGCUUGACCGGGGUGAAGCGAUCUCCCGUGAAAACUACCACAGUGUUGCAAUGAGCUAUGGCACCCUUCCGCGGGCUCCCCGUAGGUCAACUUCAACUGGUCCCCCUGUGCUCCAUGCUAGGCCAGAACCCUCGGUUGGCCCAGGGCCCCGGAGCUACCCAGAUGCAGCCUACGCCACACUUUCCCACCCUCACCGCAAUGCACCGGCAAGUAGGACAAUGGGUGGUUUUUACAGGCAGUCAUACCAACAAUCCAACCAUGCUGCUUCAACCACCCCAUAUGCUAACCAAAACCCACAUCACUCCAGCCAUCAUCAUCCACAUCUGUCCUUUGAGCCGCCUGCCCAGCCGCUCCGUCUCGAUGUGCCCCCCGAGAGGGACUGGAAGACUUCAGACUAUAGGAUGGCUUCUAGAGACACUCAUGUCUUCCCCAGGCCAGAGCCACGUUUUGGGACGUCCCGUGGCCCUCCUGCCUAUCUCUGCGCCCUCUGCAAGCAGAAUCCAGCUGAGCCCUCUAGAAGCUAUUGCCAAACCUGCAGAGCCCAUAUGAACCACUACAGGAUGACCAGCUGAGUGAUGGAUUUACAUAUUGGAAUACACCACUGAUAUGCAUCUUUUUAUGCACUCAUUCUCUGACUUUACGUGGAAGUACAGUAAAAACGUGAAACUUUGAAACUUAUGACAAUUUUGUGGAGUUUGGAGCUCUUAAGAGAAGAAGCUGCAAAAAUGCAUUAAUGCUGCAUCAAUGGCAUUAUGAAGCAGGGCAGACACGUUCUUGUUACCGCAUCAUUAAAAUAUCUAAAAAAAUUAUAUGUUUUCUGAUGAAGAGUGAGAGACUGACGUUCGUUAAUAUUCAUGGCUGCCAUGGCCAUGUUCUGAAAUUAGAUUUUACAUGCAGUUCCUAAGCUGCUGCAUUUUAACACUGGAAAGAAAAAAUCGACAUCCUAUGCUUUUAUUCUAUUGUAAACAUUUCAACUGCUUAAACAUUCAAUUCUGCAGAUAACUUUAGUUUACUUUAACUGGACACCAUCUCAGCACAAAGCAUCUGUCGAUGUGAAGAACAGAGCACUUUGCUGAUAAAAUGACUGCAUCUAAAGCUGAUGCGAACAAAAAGAAAACGGUUCAUAGCCUGAACAUUGUCUGCUGAUAUACACUGUCUGCUCCGUAUAUGCACAAGUUCUAUAAGACUUGCUUUACGCUCCUUUGAAUUAGCAUUCCAAACUAACCUUACUUAGUUCUGUGAUUGUAAUUUAACUAUGUGAACACAAGUUUAGUGCACUUAAGAAGUGUUACGUUAGAAGCGUCUCUCUGUUGUAACUUCUCCCAUUUUUAUGGGAAAACAGACAUCUAACUACUUAACUUAGAGGGCUGUAAUGUAAGUGUGCAUCAGUAAUCAAAGGUACAUCAGAUUUCUGUGUCGUACCAACAGUCAACUUUCAACCACAUUGGCAUUUGUGUAUGUAUUUUUGUGUACAGUAUUGUUCAGCCUAACAGUAGCACCCGAAAACUCAUAAUUGUGAUCUUUAUUUUAUUUUAUUUUGUAGUAGAAGCUGUUUUAACUUUUUGAUUUAUACAGUAUAUUGUACAUUGAAAUGUUAAGUGCAAAACUUUUUCAGGCUGUUAAGACUUCAAAGAUAGAUAACAAAAGAACAGAACAUUCUGCAGUGCCUUGAAUUGUGGAAGGCAACACAACUGGGUAUCAGUUUAUUAAUUUUGCAGCCAUAUAAUGUUGCUUAUUACAAUAGUGUUAAAUUAUGGAAUUGCGAUUCUAAAUGAGAUGAUUUAACAUUUCCCCCAUUUUUAUUUUGUAUUAUUAUUAUUAUUAUUAUUAUUAUUUGGAUAUUGCUAAGGUGAAACAUGUGGACUAAGAUAAUUAACUUAUAAAGUUACUGGUUAUGAAGUCAUGCACAUUCAAAGUGUAAAGGAAUGUCUGUUAGCUGAGUUUGAAAGUGCAAAUGUGCCAUUUCAUGAAAACAAAAGUGUUACCUGCUCGUAAUAGUGGCCACAAAAGGAUUUUUUUGAAACGGGGCCAAAAUUUAUUAAAGCUUUUCAAACAUGAUCGCUGAUUAGAGCAUGUCAAAUACCUCAACCAAUCACAUGCUCGUUUUUUUUUUUCUUCACCACAACAAUUUUGCAUGUACUAUAAUUUCAUAAAUUAGGACCGAACAAUGAAUCAGAGUGCCUCUGCACUGAAUUCCCACUGAGUGAAUUAUCUGAAGCUUUCUUUGUUUUGCCAAUAUGCAGUGCAACACUGCCCUGGCAUGAUUAUUAACAAAACAUGAAUCUGUGACUGAAUUUCCCUUUCCUUCCUCCUUUCUUUCUUUGCUCCCUUCCUUUCUGAAUUAAAAUACAAACAGAUUUGGCAAAUUGUGUAUAUAAGUGUGUACAGAUAUUUAGUCUUUAACUUUAAGUACAGACAAAUUUGGACUUGUUGUAAAUGCUGUGCUAGAAAUGAAACUUGUAUUUUUGCAAUAAAGUUAUAUUGAGCUCCAGUCAGGAGCAGAACAC